GCUGUACACACACAGAUUGAACUUUGAACAGUGUGGCUAUGAUGACGUGACUGAUAAACACACAUUUCUGAGGCAUAGAAGGGAGAGAUAAACCUCAAGCCAUGUAGAUUUUCAUUUCAGCUGUACCUUGAGGAAUCCAGCUGUUGUUAUCUGUCUGGAUUAUAAAAAACUGGAUUAACUUCUCAAGUUCACAAGACCAUGACUAUCGGCAGAAGCUCCAAGAAAAACAAGGCCCCUCGUUCUCCUCCUUUUCUGGACAAGGCUAACGGAUUCUACGGCCGUCUGGAUGAGAUAGGAGGAGAUGAUGUACAGGUCGAGGGUAUGAUCGCUGAAGACCAAAUGGGAACCUCGAACGGAGGAGAGAACCAGACAGGGCCGGACAACACAUCGGGCUGGAUGGAAGAGGAGGACCAUGCGAUUGACUUUAACCAGGGAAUGAUGGAUGACGAUGGUACCACCUUACUGAAGAGAAAGCCAAGCAGACUAAGUCGCCGCUGGAGCAGAAAAAGUUCAAGGAAGCCUAAAUCUUCCCCAGGAAGCGCUGAGAGUGAAAACAAAGAGAUGCCACCAGCAGCCCAAAGUCUGGAGGCAACAAACAGCGGAGAACCAGAAAUGGUCCACUUUUUUAUCAAAGAGCAUGCGGAUGAUCAGAUACUGAUUUCAAGAAAGAACGAACGGGAAAAGGAGCAGGAAGAUGCAAGAAAAAAUACGGAAGGGAAAUUGAAUGGAGAUUCAACAGAGAUUGUAAAGAGGAACACUCUCAACAAUUAUUGCAAGGCUGUUGACAGAGCUUUCCGUCGAGGAUGGGAGACUUUCAUUACCAAUCUGUAUAGUGUGACCCUGACACCGAUCUCAUCAACUUCAUCUUCAUCAACAUCAUCUUCAUCAGUCAAAUCCAAACUGGACAGGAAUCGUGCUUUAGCAGAGUUUAGAUAAAAGCAGACUGAUUGUAAUUUAAAAUCUAGCCGUAUAUUUGUUUAAUUUAAAUGCACUUUGAUAUUUAAUAUGCCUUUAUCUUUGUGUAGAACUGAUCAGCACUUAAUUUGUUUUAGAUUGAUCACGUAACCAGACAAAGGGGGUCAAUAUGUUUCAUCAGUUUAUUAAGUUAUUGCAGUAUAGGGGCAUGUUGCUGAUCUUUGUUCCCUCAUGGGAAAACAUGAGGCCUGUGCCCUUGAUAAUCUCAUAUGGAAAGAUUUUUUAAGUCCGGAUUGGAUUAUUUUUUUGAGCUGUGAACAUUAUUGUGGCGUUUCUGUACUGUGGCCUUGAACUUGUAUUUUUUCCAAAUACGAUGUAAGGGUAAACUUUAACAAAACAAUUCUGGGAGCUCAAAAAGCUUUAAAGAAAUGAUUUCAACAGAUACAACAUCAUUGGCAGUGAAGUAUGUAAUAAAACUGAGCCACUGAAAUGAAGUAAAGAUGUUAGACUGUGUUCUGUAGACUUAUUUCACUCUGCAAUCUUCUAAUUCACCAGUGUGAUGUUAGAAAACUGUGGCUAUGUAUGUUUUAAAGGUGUUUGUCUUUUUGUUGUAAUGUCCUGUUUUAAAUGCUUUGUCACAUCAAGGCAAUACUUAUAAUUAAAAAGCAAAGAGAAAAACAA